AUGGAUGCCGCAUCGGAUGAUCAGUCGGUCGCAACCUUGUACCAUAACCUUCAUCUAUUACGACCACACCAACGACAACCCAAGACCCGAACGAUGGCGCUUCCAAAGGAAACAGAACGGCUCGUAGCAGAUCCCGCACCAGGAAUCACCGCGCUCCCACACGAGGAUAACCUUCGAUACUUUGAUGUGACGAUUGAAGGACCGGGUGGCAGCCCGUUUGAGAAGUAUCCCAUGGCACCGCCCAAGGUGAGAUUCCUGACCAAGAUCUAUCACCCUAAUAUCGACAAACUCGGACGCAUUUGCCUAGAUAUCCUGAAAGAUAAAUGGUCGCCGGCACUCCAAAUCCGAACGGUUCUCUUAUCUAUCCAGGCUCUUCUCAGCGCUCCGAAUCCAGAUGAUCCCCUUGCCACGGAUGUCGCGAAACAUUACAAGGAGGACGAGAAGGAUGCACAGCGGGUUAGCCGGGAGUGGACGCAGAAGUUUGCCAGUGCCGGAUGA